UGUAUGUAUUCGUGUACGCCAUGCGUAAAUCUAUUUUCUUCUUGAAGUGAGUAAGACAUAUUCGGUAAAAGUCAUGCCAAACAAUUAAAAAUAUAUAUGUAACUAAAAAAAUUGUGUAGCUGAGUAUUCCCAUAUUAUUUGUUUAAUCAACAACUAAGUUGCUUGGGGAGAAGGAACUUUUUUUGGACCUAAGAAAUAUAAUCAAUAUACAAUGACACAGUACUUGCCGCCAAAUUUACUGGCACUUUUUGCUGCUCGUGAUCCCAUUCCUUAUAUUGCUCCAGUAGAUAAAUUACCACAUGAAAAGAAAAGCCGUGGAUAUAUAGGUGUUGGACAAUUCCUGGAUCGAUUUGAAGACCCGAAAGACACUCCACCAACUAAACGAGUUGAGACACGACAGGAACGAAUAGAACGACGUAGGCGUGAAAAAGCUGAACAAGUAGCAUAUAAAUUAGAACGUGAAAUCGCGCUUUGGGAUCCACAGGAAAUUAAAAACGCUACCGAAGAUCCAUUUCGCACACUAUUCGUGGCACGUACUAACUAUGACACAUCGGAGUCAAAAUUGCGGCGUGAGUUCGAGAUAUAUGGACCCAUAAAAAAGAUUGUUAUGGUAUCGGAUGUAGAUACGGGUAAGCCAAAAGGUUAUGCGUUCAUUGAAUAUGAACAUGAAAGGGAUAUGCAUGCGGCAUAUAAGCAUGCUGAUGGUAAGAAAAUUGAAUGCAAGCGCGUACUCGUUGAUGUUGAGCGCGCUCGAACGGUAAAAGGAUGGUUGCCUCGGCGAUUAGGUGGCGGUUUGGGAGGUACUCGCAGAGGUGGAAACGAUGUUAAUAUAAAGCAUUCUGGGCGUGAAGACAAUGAACGUGAACGCGAACGUUAUCGUCUUGAACGGGAGCGUGAAGAUCGUGAGGGUGCUCGUACAAUUGAUCGUGGUGUUGGUCGUUUUGGAAAUGAUUCAGUUAGACGUCGUUCACGCUCUCGUGAACGUGCUAGAGAACGUGACCGCGAACGUGAUAGGCCAAGAAGGUCACGUAGUAGGUCUCGUGAAAGACGAAAACGACGUGGUGGCAGCAGGGACCGAGAUUAUGAUGAUUUUGAAAAACGUGAAAGACGUGAAAAGGAUCGAGAUAGGGAACGUGAGCGUGAAAAGAAGAAAAAACGUUCCAAAUCACGCGAGCGAGAGUCUUCACGUGAACGGCGAGAAAGAAAACGUGAAAGACGUGAAAAAGAACGUGAUCGUGGUGACCGUGAUACAAAGGAACGAAAACCUGAUUUCCGUGAUAUCGAUAUAGUUAAAAUUAAAGAGGAACCUAUUGAUGAUGGAUAUCCAACAUAUCCAAUUAAUAACUAUCCAACAACAGGCGUUAAACGAGAAUCAAUAGAUGAUGAGCAAGAGGAAAAAUAUAGGCCUCCACCUAUUUUUAAUAUUCCACCACCACCUAUACUCAAUCGCACUACCGAAAACGGUCAAAAUUUAAAUGAAGGACAGCAGUGGUGGCGUUAAUGGCAAAAAAUGAGUAUUGGUGUAACAAUUCUAAUUUUUCUAAACAUACUGAAUUCGUUAUAUUUAAAGUGGAGGGCGUGGUUUCUUUAUGCUAUUAAAUAAUAGUUGACAUGAAUUGUCACAACAUUACAUAAAUAGACCAGGCCUCCUAUUAAUUAUGAAUUAAAUAUGUAUUUUACAAGCAAAAUUCAAGCAAACAUAAUAACUUUAAUACAAAUUUGUAUUAAAGAAUGACAACAUUUAUAAGUUAAUUUAAUGCAAUUAUGUUAAUAUUUCUUUGUUGCUAACUAACCAGACUAAUUUCUUUCAAAAACUCUUAAUGAAAUUUUACAAUUUUGUUUGCCUGCAUUUUGUUUUAUAAACAAACAAUACUAAAAUUGCAUUGUAUAAACUAAAUACAUGAAUCUAUAAAAAGUAAGUAAAAAUAAAAAAGGAUAUAAAUUGUGUUUACUUCCCUCAGGUAAGGGGGUAGUGGUAGCAGUGAAGCGUGUGUAGCAUCCCUAAGUAAGAGACUUAUUGUCCAAUAAUUAUUUUUAAGAAAAAACCACUGCAUCAACUAAAAUUUAGGCAACAAAUAUUAGAACAUUGUUCAAAUUACAUACAACCAGACAGGGCAUUUAUGGGUAAAACAUGGAAUAAGUAUUUGUAUCCCAUGGUGGUUCGUGGGAUUUAAUUUCUAAUUAAAUGCAUUUAACUCUAAUAUUUCAUUAUAACUUGUUUAGUACUCAGGCUUAGUAAUGUGACAUUUAUUUUCUUUCUCUUUUUACAGUUUUAAAGAGAUAAUCAGUAAAACAGUUGUUUCAGGCUUAUGAGAAAAUGGGAAACUACCAAACGCCAAAUAAAUCCCGAUAAAUUUGUAUAAACCGCCUGAUCCUAAGUAUUUUUUAAACUUUUAAUUUUAUUGAACUUUUAAUCAAGUACUUAAACAAAUUUAAACACUUUUCAUACCACAGAUGAAUGGCUCGAUAUUAUAUCGGAAAAAAUUGUAAUUUGAUCGAAUAUACACGCAUGUAUUUUAUAUACAAUGUGAGCACAGUUUUGCUUAAAGUAAAUUUUUUCAAAAUAGCUAAGCCUUAGUGGAUUUAAGUAGUCAAUAUGGAACACAGAAGAUUGCACGGUUUCUAUUUACUCAAAAUUUUUGUUUUAAGUCGAGCAAUGAUUUGGUCCGAAGUAUAUUAUCUCAUGAUGAUAGACCUAGUGAUUGUAGGUCGAAUUUUUUUCAUAUUUUUCACGUUUAUAAAUGGCACGAAUUGCCUAUUUAAUAUUGUCACCUAAGCUUUCGAAACUAACUUUCAAUUUUUAAUAAUAAAUGCAGUCUUUUUUGUUAUUUCUUCCUGACUAUAUUGUGUUGUCUUCAAAAAUAAACUUAUACCUUUUAACUUAAUUAUUUGGCGUUAAUAUCAAUAACUAUGCUUUUUAGUGGCUCACAGCCAAAUUUGAAGCUCAUCCUUUGACAAAAGUGGAUAAUGCAGUUAUAUUAACGAAUUGCUUGCUGAAGUAUUUAUUUGAAUAAAUAAAAGUGUUCCUCUAAGUGACUCAAUAAACUCAUUAAAGCUGUAAAAUCAAUUAAUAUCAAGUAAAUUGAAACGAUUUCAAAUUAUGAUUAUUUUCGAUAUGGAAAGUAAAUAUUUUAUGCGUGCUGUAUGUAUACAUAAUAUCACGUAUAAAAUAAUAAAUCAAAGUAAAUGCAUAUGUUAAUCAGUUUGCCUAUUCUAGGGGUUCCAUCUAUGUUUUUCGCUUGUCAUAAAUGUUUAUCAUUUGGAACUGGUGAUGAUUCCCCAAAGUUUCUUUUUUUAUGUAAGUUUAAAUUUGGAUUUAUUGGUGAAAUACAGUGCGCCGAAUGUACGGAAAUUAAAAACCAAGACUCACAAAGGCUUACGUGAUACAAUAGCACUAUUCACCUUGGUUUGUUACUAUUAAACUAAAAACAAAAUUGUAUUAGUUUCAAUAUAGAUGCGCUUGGUAAUUCCGUUAUUACUGGACACGUGGAUAGCGUUUAGGCAAAUUUUGGUAAGGCAAAUUUUAAUUUGUUUUAUGUUAAUUUCCAUGUAGAUUCUUUGAAACAAACAAGGAAUUCAGACAGGGUAAGCUAGCAAAAAAGAUGACGUGGCAUUAGUGAGUACAAAAAUAAUAUAAACUUUUUGGGAAUCUAUUAAUUAUAAUAUUGGUUAUAAUUCGAAACUUGUUAUGUAUGUAAUCACUUAUCCAGUCCAAAACAAAGAUCCACAUUCGUUAUUGGAUAGCGUCAAAUUUAUUCCUGUAUGCAAACUGAUCACCGAUCGAGGAAGGUUUGUUUUAAAUGUGAUUCGCACAUCUGGUAAAUGUAACAUUUUUUUUUACUUAUUUUCGAAUAUUUUAUUCAUGUUAAUCAUGUAAUAUGGGUUAUAUGCUUUUCGCAUAUGUAUUUAUAUGCAACAAUAGACGUCCAAUUUGACAAAUGCUCAAUUUAAAGAACUACAAAAUUUUGCCUUGGGUGCCUGCGUAGAUUAAAACCUAAAAAAAAUAUUAAUUUAGUAAAAUAAAUAACUUCGAAUGGUUUGAAGUCAUACAAUACAUUUGUACCAUUAUUAACAUUGCAGUCCAGCACGGAUACAAUUUUAGAAGCGUUCAAGCAUAAUCCAACGAACGUAGCGUCAUACCACUAUUUGCUCGAAUAAGUAUUGUGCCAUUGGUCCAUACCAAUGUGGACUGCAUGAAAAAAUAAAACAAUUAACAAGUAGCCGCGAAAGUUGAGCUUUUUAAACCUCGUCACGAUAUUAUAUAUUCUUGGUACCGUUAUGGAUGCGUAUGGACUAAUACUUGUAAAUGUUACAUGGGCCAAGAAAUAAGAAAAAGAAGAACGUUGCUGAUAGAAAAAGUUGAUACACAUACUUUAUAAAAAUUUGAACUGAGAUGAUGACAAUUGAGAUAGAUGAUCGUGAUAAAUACGACGAUAUAAGCGAUGCAAUAAAUAUAUGAAAAAUUUUCAAGAAAAAACUUAGUCAAUGAAGGUAUACUCUACAGCUACCAAUGACAAUGAUGUACUGAGCUACCAAUAAUAAAUUUAAGCAAGUUUGUUAAGAAGAUAGUGAGACAAUAAAAAUACCAGAAAAUAAUAUACAAGACUUAGAGAAUGGAGUAUAUGAAAAAUGUUUAGAGAACAUCAAAAAAUCAACAAAUCUAAGUUUUCGCAAUGAAUAACUGAACUGAUAAAAGCUAUAUAUUUCAUUAUUCAUCUUAAUUUUAUUUAACAAAUUUUGCAAUUUAACAAAUUAUCUAUGCGAGAAGUCAUUCGUUAAAUUGGACGUCUAUUGUAGUUGAAAUCCGCGUUAAAUCGAUAUAUGAAAAAGUUUAGACUCACUUUACAAUACCUAAACAUGGUGUUUGGCAUCAAGUUUUAUUUUUUAAUGAAUUUUGAAAAAUAAACAAGAUGUUUUUUUAAACUUUACUGCGAUAUAGUCGCUUGAUUUUCCCCUAAAUCGUCUAUAAUAUAAUACUUUUUUUAACAACCUUCCAACUAUAGUAUGUUUAUAUUGUUUUAAAACGGAGCCGACAUAAUUAAAUCCAGUACUUCACUUAUCGAUAGUAUGUCUUGAAUUAAGGCGCAAAAUUCUGCUUCCAUUAUCUUCUCUGAGCUCUUCAUUUAAGAGAUCGGGGGUUUCCGGCAUAACUUUUGAUUGUUUUUAAUUGCAAUUUAAGGAUAUAACGUAUAUAGAAAUAUUUAUCAU